AUGAAGCAGAAGCUGCUGAAAGAGCGUCAGGAAAAAUUGAGAAUUGAGCAAGCUGAUCGCGAGGCACGCCUUAGUGUUUUGAAAUACAAAAGCAAAGAAAAAUUACAAGAAUACGGCAUAGUCCAAUCAACCUCGGAGCCUACACAAGAUACAGCAAAUGAACAUAUCAACUUGUUUGCAAAUUUAGAUGAAGCUGUGAAAACUACAAAUAAGGAUCAUGAUAAUGAAGCAAAAGAAAAAAAAGAAGAAUAUGAGAAAAAGAUUGGUUACUUGACAUAUCUUGGACAAGACACUAAUGAAGCUCUUGGUAAAAAAAAUUGGUAUGAAGUAGCACCAGAAACAUCCCGAUACUCUAGAUCAAGUAAUAUUAAGGAUACUUAUGACAAAUUAGUUUUGAAGGAUACUGAUGGUAAACCUAAAGUAAAAGAACCAGAUGUAAAAGAUGGAGAGGUCAAUUAUAAGAGAAAACAGGAGCUUGACCCAAUGAACGCAUUUAAACACCUUCAUAAAUAUGAUAAAAUAAAAAAAUAUUAUAAGCCACCUAAACAACAAAUUAAUAAAGAUAAUGAUAAACAGAAGAAAAAGAAACACAAAAAGGAUAGGAAAGAAGAUAAAGAAAUGAAAUUACAAAAGCUAAGAGAAGCUCGACUGAGAAGAGAACAGCAAGAGAAAUACAGAACUGAAUUGUUUUUGAAAGGUCUUCAUAAUUCUAAUGAAACUAAAGAAGUUGAGAAAGAAACAAGAUUAAAACCUAAAUACAAUUCACAGUUCAACCCUGAACUGGCAAGGCAAAAUUAUAAAUAA